AUGCUGAACCAGAAGGUGGGCUGGGCUGGGCUUGGUGGGCUGGUGGGCGGGUGGGCUGGCAGCGCUGCACUCUGCAGGUGCACGCUGCGGCCUAGCGGGCAAAGACGGGUGGGGACCAAGCCGAGAAGCAGGCAGAACAGCGGAAGAGGCAAGAGGCAAGAGGCGAAGAAGGAGGAUACAAUCUCAGUCAUCCAUGCCACAUGUCUCUGUACCUACCAACGUCUCGUCAUCUUCUUCUUCCUCCUCUUCUGUCUUCGUCUUCUCCUGCCUCCGCAUCCCAACUCUCGUCGCACCCCUUCUACCAAGCUUGCCAUUGCCACUGGCAACGACUCAUCUUACAUCAUCUGA